UUGGCGAAAAAAAAGAGGUGAAGAAAACGCAUAGUAUGUUUUUCCAAUUACAAACAGCGGUACCAACAGUAGUCUAUAAAUAUCACAGCGGCAUGAAUACAGGGUUUUGUCGUUCUGAACACAGUGGAGAAGAUCGGGAAAAUUAGCAGUGAUUGAUUGCAACGGGAUAAUCCAUUUCGGCAACUUUGAAUUAACACAUCGGCAUAUGACAGUAAAUCAAAUACGGGCCGGUCUAACUCGGUAAACGAUAUCGAGGAAAACGUUCAGGCGUGGAAACCGCCGACUGUACAGCGAUGAGGAAGAUAAUCCGGUUCUAGGGAUAAGCACAGACACCAGGAAAGUCAUCCUAUUCUGUGGGAUAUAGUCGACUUAUUUUAUACAACACUUUUGUGUAACUAGAAUUUUCACAGUAUUCAACUAAGCGCAAUGUCUGUAAACGACGUGUCUGAGGAGACGCUGAAAGACUGGAGAGAGGCGUUCGGCAUGUUCGAUAAGAAUGGCGACAAUUUGAUCAGUGCUGGUGAACUGGGGACCGUGAUGAGAAACCUGGGCCAAAAUCCGACAGACGAUGACGUCCUGAAGAUGAUCAGCGAUGUAGACAAAGACGCCAAUGGCUUUGUUGACUUUAGUGAGUUCGUUUCCAUGAUGUUGAAGUUCCAAAAUAGCAUUCAUGAUCCAGAAGUGGAAAUGAGAGAAGCCUUUCGGGUGUUUGACAAGGAUGGUAAUGGAUUCAUUAGUGCUCAGGAACUCCAGUCCGUGAUGUGCAACUUGGGGGAAAAGUUGUCAGAAGAAGAUGUUAAAGAAAUGAUUCGUGAGGCAGAUCUAGACAAGGACGGACAAGUCAACUAUAACGAGUUUGUGAAAUUGAUGGUAAACAAGAUGUGACGUACAGGGCAGCAGAGAUUCUCACCAGAGCAUUCCUUGAUAUAUGUAGGAGAUGAAGCUUUUCAUUCCAAGUCCCUUGUAACAGAAAUGUCUUUGUUUUUCAUUGCGAGGCAUAUAACAAAUGCAUAUUCUUAUAUACAUGUAUGUUAAUAAGUAAUUUACAUUAUGUUUUUGCCCUGGUUUGGAUUUCUCGAGAAAAAAAUCUCAAACUUAAUUUGAGCUUUCUUUUAUUUCAGCAGAAUCUCAUACUUAAGUUCAACAUUCGACAUCACCCCCCCCCCCCUUUCAGAAAUCCAGUCCACUACUGAAAAUCAAUGUAGAAAUACCGAUAUUCUUUAUUUGCAAUUUACAUAAAAUUUCCUUGGACAGAAGAAGAAUUUCAAAUUUGAGGACAUGAAAAUAAUACAUAAUGAAGAAAUACGUUAUGUUAACUAAAUCUAAGUGCAAUUGUAGAUCUAUAGAAAAGAUCCAGAUCGGUUAAAUCAUGAUGCACGGUUUGACGUAGUAUAUCUAUUAGGUGAGAUUGAUGGUUUCAUGGAAGUCAUUUUGAAAUUAGAAAUGUUGACUCGGUGAUGCUCGACUUGUUCUAUAGCUAAUAUUUUUCAUAGUUCACCAUUAAUGCCACCUUGUCGAUAUCGCCACGUAUUUAGAUUACAUACACUACGGUUUCAUUAUUUUCCGUAGGCAUCAAAUUUCGCGUUUUUGCUAACAAUAAAAAGUUUGUUGGUAUGUUAAUUCAUUGACAGCAAAACUUAUGUUCUUUCUUUUUAUAUAAACUGCGCUUUGUUGAUCACCUGAAUUCUUGGGUUUCUCAACCACGAUAACAACAAAUAAUAAUGUACAACGAAUAACGAUGAAGCUACUAUGUAACCCUAAUGACUCGGCAUUUCAAUUUUACAGAAAUGAUAAAAUGGUACUAACUUUUGUUUUGUUGACCUAAUAUUGUAAAAUACAUUCAUGUUUACAUUCACGAAGUACUUGUAUAUGUAACAAGUACGGGUCAUUGAGGAUGUAGUCAAACACAGAAAUGGAGGAAUUUAGGUAAAUAUGAUAUAAUGAAUACUUGCUUUCAUAUCGUAACAAAUUGAGCAUUGUAUAUAGGAAGGGGUGCUAACCUUGUUAAAGUAAUGCUUGACGCCUUUAGAGUUCGACGACGUGAAAAAAUCCAGUGCAAAGGAAGUUGGAGGUUUGAGUAGUAGAUGUUCUCGUAAUCUUUUGUUUCAUCAUUGGUCAUCCUUCAGGAGACUAUAGAUACCAAGGCAUUGUCCAUAUUUAUGCUGGAUAACGAAAUAUUUGUCAUCAAUGUUUUACUUCAACAAAAAUAACCAAUUUAUACUUAUUUGGGGAAUUUCUCUUGAAAUAAAAACGGAAAAAUC